CAGGGCUUGCAUGUUGCCGGCCUCCUUGCAGGGCCUCUUGGAGCCGGGGCCUGGGGAUGCCUUUGCUUUUUCAGGGCUGCCAAAGGCCUAAAGAGGCAGAGAGGGAGCCUCAGAGCAGCAGCAGCAGCCUCCGCCUCCUCCUCCUCUGCCUUCUUUCCCUGCAAGAGCUGCCUUUCCAGUCGGAGCCGGCCUUGGCGCAGCCAGAGGAGUCCCCGAUCUACCUCCAGAUUCCCCCCUCCAAGGCCGCCCCCGGGUUUGGGCCGCCCGAGGACGGCGUGGAUUUAUAGCCUGCACCCCCAGAUCUCCUCCAGGUUCCAAAACGUGUCCUCCGGCCAGGUGGCUGGCAUGUGACAGGAUGGGCAAGGACUUCCGCUACUACUUCCAGCACCCCUGGUCUCGCUUAAUUGUGGCCUACCUGGUGAUCUUCUUUAACUUUUUAGUAUUUGCUGAAGAUCCAGUAUCUCACAGCCAAACAGAAGCAAAUGUCAUUGUUGUUGGGAACUGCUUUUCCUUUGUAGCAAAUAAAUAUCCUGAAGGAGGAGGUUGGAGGUUUCUAAAAGUCUUCCUAUGGCUACUUGCUAUUCUCACAGGACUCAUAGCUGGCAAGUUCCUCUUCCAUCAGCGUUUAUUUGGUCAAUUGCUGCGAUUGAAAAUGUUUAGAGAGGAUCAUGGGUCUUGGAUGACAAUGUUCUUCAGCACCAUCCUCUUUCUCUUCAUUUUUUCUCACAUAUAUAAUCUGUGUCUCCUUAUGGCUGGUAACAUGAGGGCAUACAUUGUAACAGACUUCAUGGGCAUCAGAAAUGAAAGUUUUAUGAAGGUAGCAGCAGUGGGGACUUGGAUGGGAGACUUUGUCACAGCUUGGAUGGUUACAGAUAUGAUGCUUCAGGACAAGCCCUAUCCUCACUGGGGGAAGUCUGCUAGGGCUUUCUGGAAAAGGGGGAACACCAGGAUUGUUUUAUUCUGGACUGUUCUGUUUACUUUGACCUCAGUGGUUGUUCUUGUCAUCACAACUGACUGGAUCAGCUGGGACAAGCUGAAUCGUGGAUUCCUGCCAAGCGAUGAGGUUUCCAGAGCCUUUCUGGCUUCCUUCAUCUUAGUGUUUGACCUUCUUAUUGUCAUGCAGGACUGGGAGUUUCCACAUUUUAUGGGUGAUGUUGAUGUAAAUCUUCCUGGCCUGCCAGCUGCACACUUCCAGUUUAGAUUGCCCUAUUUCAAAAAGAUUUUUAAGGAAGAGUAUCACAUCCAUAUAACAGGCAAAUGGUUCAACUAUGGAAUUAUAUUUCUUGUUUUAAUCUUGGAUUUAAACAUGUGGAAAAAUCAAAUUUUUUAUAAGCCACAUGAAUAUGGACAAUAUAUUGGUCCUGGGCAAAAGAUCUACACUGUGGAAGACUCUGAAAGUUUAAAGGACCUGAACAGAACCAAACUAUCUUGGGAAUGGCGAUCCAACAAUACUAACCCUUUGACCAACAGGACUUAUGCUGAAGGAGACAUGUUUCUGCACAGCCGGUACAUUGGUGCAAGUCUAGAUGUGAAAUGCUUGGCUUUCAUUCCAUGUCUAUUAGCCUUUGCUUUGUUUGGCUUCUUCAUCUGGUUCUUUGGACGAUUUCAGAAAACCGAUCAAGGCAUGGAGAAUCUGGACAGAUCAUACACCCGCAUGAAAAGAAAGUCACCCUCCGACAUAGGAAUGACACGAGAGAACACACAGGUUUUAGCAGAAGAGCCAUUAAGCCUCGAAGAUCCACAUUUGAUAUCCAUCAAGUCAGACUUGAGUGAGAUUGUCUUUAACUCUUCCCUCCUAACAUCUGAAAAUCUUCAUGCACAUUUAACUGAACAGCCAAGCCCACUGCAACCAGUAAGGAAGACCUCUGUACCUAAGGAUAAUCCAUUAACCUAAUGACAUCCCACUUGGAAGGAAUGAAACAUGAAAUUAUUGUGAGAUUUCAUUGUUGCUUUUUUUUGUAAGUGACAGUUUACAUAGUCUUUAGAAAAGGAAAGAGACACAACCUAUAUCCCAAAGGUGCUCAACAUGCUUUUUUCUAUGACUUUGUUUUCUAUUUAUAUUAUAAUAACUUGUGCCUAUUGUAUUAUAUAAAACAUUCCUUUAUAGAUUGCUUCUAUGAAAACUCACAACAGUGUACUAGUUGAUUAUUUACAGCAGGUAUAAAAUGUGACUUUGGUGGUGCCUUGGAACAUGAGAUCAACUCACUCAGACAUAUAAAGGCAGCAUGAAGCUGUCCCAGGGUGUAUCCACACUACAGGGGGGGGAAAAACACAUUUUGACCCCACUUUAACUGCCACGACU